AUUAGCCUGGCCUUUGUCUUUUAUCUUGUUAAUGAGCAGGAAUCUGGAACUCUAGGCAGGACAAGUGGACCUAUGGUGAGGCCCAGUAGCAGAGGCCACAAAAAGUCAAAGAUCUGACCCUGUGGUCAUCAAAGCUCUGACCACUGGUAUGGUGCCCAACACAUUGAACAUGCCAUAGGUAUCAUGUAAGGAUGCGGAUUCCUUUCCGUCAUAUGUGUGUAUAAAACCCAUGCAAAGUCUGCAGAAGAGGCAAAUGACCAAAUAUCCUAGGAUGAACAGUUCAACUUAUUGAUCCAUGCUAUAGAACCUCAUGAUAAAGAAAUUUGCAAUAGCUAAAGUGUUGAUAAUGAGCAGUGGGUACUGGUUACUAUGGCAGAAGCUGUUUGUUGCCAAACUUGUAGACAUUCUUUUUUUUCUUUCUUAACAAUAGGAAAUCUGAGCCUGCCUGAAUUGCAGAACGCCCAACUAUAUUUCUUGGUCUCUUCUGCAGUGAGGUAUGGCUAAUCAAGCCAAUAAAAUACUUAUAUAUCAAAUAUCAGACCAAUAAUAUAUUGCUAUAUCAAUUAACAGGCCAAUGAUAUAGUGAUAUAAUUGAAAUUUGUUCUAUAGGACUUCUGAAAAGGCACCUUAAAUGAGAGGACAGCUAGAAAACUUCCCUUUUGCCCUUGUCCUUCCCUUCUUUCUACCUAGAAUGUGGUUUUAAUGGCUGGAAUUCCAGCAGCCAUCUGUGACUUUAAGCAUAUAAGCCAUGCCUGAAGGAUUGGAGAGGAGACAAACAGAAGACAUUUGAUGCCCUGAUAAUCUUACGGAGCCUCCAUACCAGCCCUGGACUACCCACUUCUGAUCUUGAAUGAAAGGGAUUAAAGCCUUAUGCAUUUAACCACUGUAUUCACAGCCAAAGGAAAUUUCUGUUAAACUUUCCAAAGCAACACAUAGAGUCAACAGAAAAGGAUCUAACUCUUCUACCCAGAGGGAACACUAUUUUAGACCAGGACCAUUGUGAGGCUGGCCUGAUCUUAGAGGUGUAACAGGCCACAUUUUCAUGAUCAGUUCUGGCGCAUCAGUGUCUCCAGGGUUGUGCUAAUUGUAGCAAAGUAGAGAUGACAGGAAAAGAGGUACAUCUUUCCUGUCCCUAUAGCUCAGCAUAAUCCUUUGCAGAUCCCUGAUAAGAAUCUGGUAACUCAACCCUAGAAUCCUUCAAAUAUCCUUUUACAUGGCUGAUUUUCUUCAGGUCAACUUAUCUCCACUCUUACUAAAAAAAAUAAAAUAGCCAUCUAUCCAUAUACAACUAUAUUUUUAAGGUACUCAGAGAGUGAAUUAGAAAUUAAAUAUGUAUAACUCACCACAGGAAGUUGGUUACUUGUUACCAAGAGUCAGUUUCAUGUGCAGCUCUUGGCUGUUACUGAACUUGGUUGUGGAGCUGACCUAAUGGUCUUCCAGGUCUACUGCUUAUCUGUUUCUGUUUGGGGAUGUGUGAAAGGGAGGGACGUGGUGUGUCUUGGUGCAAAAGGAUGACUUGAGAUUGGCUGAAAGGUGUUUUUCUUCUAAAGGUUUGUUGGUUUCUCUCACAAUGCAAAUGCCCAUUCCCACUAUUUCCUUGCCAUUAACCCCCUAGGAGCUACCCUGCUAGGAAAUGGCAAUUUCCAUAACUCCCUUGAAGUCUGUUUGACAGAAGGGUAAGACAGAGUGAGACCUCCUUCAAUUGAAUAAGUAACCUGAUGGGUUUCAAAGCAUCCCUGCUGCUAUUAUUUUCUAGCUGUUGUGAGUGAACAAAGCAAACAUACACCAGCAGACCAAGGACAGGAUGAAACCAACCCUGAAUGUCCUAUCUGGGCAAAGUUGAUGCAGGCCGCUGUAUCACAUGGCUUGAUAUAAACUGCCUAGGUAGACCUCCAUGUCUCAGAUAGCUUCAAGUUCUUCAGUCUUCACAAUUGCCCCUCCCAUCAGGUUAGGGUAAGGAUUAAAAUGCCCAACCAGCAUUUGUCAGGUUCCAGAAGGCUCUCCUGGUUAUUGCUUGUGAUGUCACCAGCCAUCUUGGCUUCAUUCUGUGGCUCUCUGCUGGACUGCUCUUUUGCAGCUUCUCUCCCAUCAGUGUGACUCUUUCAUUCUGAUGAGUGGUUGGAAAUUUUACAUGCAAAUUCUGUGACUCUUUAAUAGAGAAUAUACAUUCCUCAAGCAUCUGUCCACUGCCACCAAGCUAUUUACUUCCUUGAAACUCUUGGUGCUAGGACCUGAGACCCUCUAUCAUUCUCUCCUGGCAUCUCCAGCUCCUCCUUACUCCAUCCAGGUCUCAGCCUGUGCCUCAGCCUUACUUGGCUGGUUCUAACAAUUGCUCCUAGCUCCACCUUGAAUCUCACUGCUUGUGCCCCACAGUUCCCUGAGACAAUGAGGCCGUUAGAGGGACCAGGGGGUCAGAGACCAUGUUCCCAGUUUCAGCCCACAUUUCCUAGGAAGCUGAGCUUGAGGCUAGGAUUAAGAGCUGAUGCUUUAUGAGGUACAAACCCAGGGUAGCAAAAGUGAGGAAAGGAAGUGAAGCAGGGAGAGAUGGGAAGAAAAGCAAGGUGAUCUAUUCCCCAUUGGCCACUGCCUCACAACAGGCUGAGAAAUAGUAGGUUAUUCAUCUACUUGGCUCUGCAAGAAGACGCCAGACUGUCUAUGUGGAGAAACUAUAGAGCAGUUUAUAGGCAGAGAAGCAGAAGGAAUUUAUCUGAUCAAAUCCCUCCUGUCUUCUUCACACUUUCAGUCUGCAUCAUAGGGAAGCAAGAUCCCACAGCUCACCGUGUGGCACAUUAACAAGUCUGGUGGUACAAGGAGCCAGAAACCUGCCACAUGCAGUUGUUUAGCCCCAGGUAAGCAAGGGGAGAGACCCAGGUUGAUGAUAACUGUCCCCCACAGGUGGUGUGGCCACAGGGCUGAGUGGCCUUAUAGGCACUGGCAACUGAGGUGCAGCAAAUAGCUGAGGGUCUGUGCAGAGGCCCAGAGGUAACGUGAGCAGGCACAAGACUCACACCUGACUUACUCCCUUUGCUGUUCUGCCCCAAAGCCAAUUUCCUGUCUCAAGUGUGCCUCCUUCUCUGACUACCUGAGACUUUUAACUCUUCUGUUGAAUCUUCUGUCCCUCAAGCCUCCACCUCUUUGCCACCCAAACUCUUCUUUUACUUUUCAGCUUUUCCCUCAUCCAUGGUGAUUAAAGGAUUCUUUGUUUACCUCUUUUAACAACUUUCACAUCAAAGUUAAUGGCCUUUGAUGGCACUGUAGCUUCUUGAGGAAGAUAAGGAUGCUUUCCUGGCAGGGUGUUGUGGCAAACACAAAGAUAGACUAGAAGGAAACAGUGAUUCCUACUAAAUUCAGGAAAACUCAAGCACAACCCACCCUUAAGUGAUAAUGGGGACUCACUGGAGACCAAUGGAUUUUUAUCCCAAGGUGUUCACUCGACUGCUUUGUGACACCAAUUCAUAUGCUUGGGCCAGCUGCUGAUGUCCAUUCUAAAGUAGAGCCUAUGCAGAUAAAAGCAGGGCUAUGAAGAAAGUCCAGGUUUUCCAAAAGCAUACAAAUGAAAGCCAAAUGAGGGCCAUAUUAGUCUUAGGCACUUAAACCUUCUUUGCAAGUACAGAGCAUACUCUCACUCAGUUAUCAAUCAUGUAAGUACCAGUAAAUACUCUGAGCAUACUCCGUGCCCCAUGGAGCUUAAUCUCUGGUGUAUGUGUGUUGGGAUACACCCAAUAAAACUAACAAUCAUAUGUUAGAGAGAAGUGCUAUGUAAAAAAAAGAAGUAUGGUUAGAGAAGUGUUCACAGGGAAGAUAAACAAAGGCUUGGAGGUGAGAGAGCAAGCCAUGUGGGCAGCUGGGGAAGGACAUCCAUGCAAAGAAACAAACACAAAGGUUCCAUAGUGGAAGUAUGGUUCACUUGAUUGAUGAGUGACAGGCCAGUAUGGUGGCAGCAGAACAAAGGGGAAAGGAAGAGAUCAGAGUUAGGGGAUGUGGAUGAUGCAGAUUUUGAAGGGCUUUGUGGGGCAUUGUAAAGGUUCUGGUGUUUUUUUCCGAAAUAGGAAGCAGCUAUGUUGAGACUAGAACAUGCAGGGCAAGAGAAGAAGUGACACCAGUUAUGGGCAUUUGCAGUGAUCCAGACAACAGAUGACGGAGGCUUAGACUAGCAUCAUAGCAGUGGGUGUGGUGAGAAGUAGGCAGAUUCUGCAUAUGUUUUGAGAGCAUGGCCAACAGGAUUUGUGGAGGAAGUGGGUGUAGGUUGUGAGAAAGAGGACUGGUUGACUCCAAGGUGUCUGAACUGAGCAGCUAGAAGGACAGAGUUGCCGUUCGUUGAGAUGGGAAAAACUGCAGGUGGAAGAGUUAUGGCAGUGGGGGAGGAAAGACAUCAAAAGUUCAGUUUUGAACAGGCUACACUGGCAAUCUAUAUUAGACAUCCAAGUAAAGAGUUUGAGGAGAUAAGUGGAAGGUCAGAGGAAAAGUCCCAGGCUUGAGAUAUAAAUUGGGAAUUGACCACAUUUGGGUGGUAGUUAGAACAUCUAGACUGAACAAGAUCACUAAGGAUUAAGUGUUGAUAGAAAAGGAAGCAGAGCCCAAGAAUUGAGCCCUGGGACAUUCUAACAUUUAGUUUGUUCCCAAAUGAGAAGUUUCAGCAUCCCUUGGGGACUUGUUAGAUGUGCAGAUUCUCAGGCCCCACCCCAGACAUCCUGAAAUUCAGCACUGUGGUUUAACAAGCCCUCCAGGGGCUUCUGAUCAUGCUAUAGUUUAACCACCACCGGCUUAGAAGCUGAGGAGGAAAAACUACUUAAAGUGCCUGAGAAGGAGUGGCCAGUCAAGGAGGAAAACCAGUGUUUCCAGGAGGGAGUAGUCAUUCUGUCACCUACUGUGGAUAGGUAAAGUGAGAGGACUAGGGGGGAGUGAGAACUACCCACUGAUUGGGUAACAAAAGAAAGGGGAUUUUGCAGUGAAGGUUAACAAAAGGAAGGAUGGUAUUCCCAGGCGUUCAGACAUAUCAACUGGUGGUACCUUUCACACACAUUUUUGGAAAGAAACUGCCCACUCUGUAUCUCCUGCUGAUGGGGAGGGGGUUCCCUCCAGCUGUUCUUUGAGCUGUCAGGGCUGUGUCUCUGUCACAUGCCCCUUCCCCCAGCCCUAGUUGAUUAGGAGCCAACCAAUUAGAAGAUAAGCAUAGCUAUCUGUAUAUCAGAAACCUAGUAUAAUAGUGGUUUAUAUAAAAUAGAAGAGUUUAUAUCUCUUCACAUUAAAGCCCCAAGCUCUGUUCCACCAAACUGUCAGGAGCUCAGUUCUUUCUGUCUGAUUGGUUUGCCAUCCUUAUCCACACCAUCCAUGAUGACUCGCCUGUGUUCCAGCCAGCAUGGAGGAGGUUUCUUUUUCCUUUUAAGAAUCGCUUUGCUCUCAUCCCCCUGGCAAGACGCAAGGAUGACAAAAAAUGUCGUUUUUACUCCAGACAGCCUUAGGCCUAGCUAAAAGUUGGGAUUCUAUUAGAGAAAGGACAAACGGACAUUGUGGCUUGCACCCAAGCAGGGACAGUUAGGCUAAUUUGAUUUUCUCUCUUGGAAACUUGAACUGGAUAGAAAAUUAGCAACUUAAUUGUGGAUAGAUAAGUGAGAACAUCAGCCUGAACACCCCGACUCCCAGCCAACUUUUCCUAGAGCUCCUCAGGAGUUUGUAAGACUAUGAAAGUUCUGGGCACCUUGAGGUCAGUGGUACUGACCUGCUAUUAACUACUAGCCUCUGGCGCCCCAGACUGAGAUGCUUUCCAGGACUGAGUCUACUUUUCCUUAUUCCGAGGUGCAGCCUGGAGCAAACAUUCCCGUUUACUUGGGGGUAAUCUCUGUCCCCCCGACAACGGAUGGUGGAGACUCAGCUGAAGAGAAGCGACGGGAUGGGGUGAGCAUCCUUUGGGAUGCGGGCGUCUCCCCUCCGAAGGUGUACCGCGGCCAAGAAGGAGGAAUCCUGGAUGGGUGAGGGGCGCCUCCGUUUGCCUGGGGGAAGGAUGAGACGGUGUUUGGCGCCGCCGAGCUCAUCUUCCGGGGGCCGGAGCCCAGAGUCGGUAUCGAGGAAGGGGCGGUCCUUGGAGCACCCGGAAAGGAGCUCACCGAAGUGCUCACGUACCCUAAAGACCCAACACCGAGCGUUAAGGGGUACUCCGGUACUUAAAGCCGCCGGGCCAGCGCUCCGCGGGGUCCUCUGGGAAGAGGCGUCCGGUGACGCACCCCGCGGAGGAUUUUGGGACUUGUAGUUCAGCAGCGAGUUCGGGCCGGCGCCACUCGGCCCAGAAGGCUUUUAGAUGCCUUUGUCGCCAGCCAGCAGUCCUCCUUGCUGUUCGUGAGGGUCACUUUCUGAGGAUUCAGACCUUCCCCAUUCCGGAAACCCUAAAGAAAAUGGCCUGGUCACUGUGGUGCUGACCCCAGCAUCCAAGGAGUCGAUGAUCAGGGAUAUGGCUGAGGCUCUCACUCCGUGGAGGCAGCUGAACCCUCCUCAGGGAGACAUGCCUGAGAAGCAUAGGAAUCUGGUCCUGCUGGGGCUUCCAAUUUCCAAGCCUGACGUAAUCUCUCAGUUGGAGUGUCGGGGGGAGCUGGAGAGAGAAGUCUCAAAGGCAACUAGUCCAGACUGGGGGCCAGGACCAGAAAGCAAGGAGCUAAUUCCAGAGCAGGACAUUUCUGAAGAAGAAUCAGCCCCUGUGGUAUUAAUAGAAAGAUUUCCAAAGGAAAGUUCCAUUGACUGUGAGGAUUCUUUAGAGAGUCAGCAGGAAAACCAUGAGAAACAUUUAAUCCAAGAGAUUGUCCCUCAGAAGAAACCUUCAGGGGAGAGAAGUUACCAGUGUGAUGGAUUUGGAAGAAAAUUUAGUCGGAGGUCAUUACUUGUUCAACAGCAAGGAGAGGGAAAACAUGGUUGUGAUUCAUUUAAAAAGAACUUGAAACAAAAUUCAGAUCUAAUGAAACAUGAGAAAAUGUGUGUAGGAAAGAAACCUUGGAAAUGCAAUGAGUGUGAGAAGGCCUUUAGUUACUACUCAGCUUUUGUCUUGCAUCAGAGAAUUCACACAGGAGAAAAACCCUAUGAAUGUAAUGAGUGUGGUAAAGCCUUUAGCCAGAGCAUACACCUUACUCUACACCAGAGAAUUCAUACAGGAGAGAAACCUUACAAAUGUCACGAAUGUGGGAAAGCCUUCAGUCACCGCUCAGCCCUUAUUCGGCAUCAUAUUAUCCAUACUGGGGAGAAACCCUAUGAAUGCAGUGAAUGUGGGAAGGCCUUUAAUCAGAGUUCAUACCUUACUCAGCAUCAGCGAAUUCAUACUGGAGAGAAACCUUAUGAGUGUAAUGAAUGUGGGAAGGCCUUCAGCCAAAGCACGUUCCUUACCCAGCAUCAGGUCAUUCACACUGGAGAGAAACCCUAUAAGUGUAACGAAUGUGGAAAAGCUUUCAGUGAUCGUUCAGGCCUUAUUCAACACCAGAGAACUCAUACUGGGGAGAGGCCUUAUGAGUGCAAUGAAUGUGGGAAAGCCUUUGGCUACUGUUCUGCCCUGACUCAACACCAGAGGACUCAUACUGGGGAGAAACCCUACAAAUGCAAUGAUUGUGCCAAAGCUUUCAGUGACCGCUCAGCCCUUAUUCGUCAUCAGAGGACACACACUGGAGAGAAGCCCUACAAGUGUAAGGAUUGUGGAAAAGCUUUCAGCCAAAGCUCAUCUCUUACAAAGCAUCAGAAAACUCACACUGGAGAAAAACCUUAUAAGUGUAAGGAAUGUGGGAAAGCUUUCAGCCAGAGUUCAUCCCUUUCUCAGCAUCAGAAAACUCAUGCUGGAGGGAAAAACAAGGAAUAUGGAAAAGCCUUUAGUGAGCAUUCAGCCUUUGGCCAGCAAAAGAGAAUUCAUACUGGAUAAAGGCCAUGUAAAUGUAGGACAUUCAGAACAUAUUUAUGGAACAAUCACUAUACAUGCUGAAAGGGCUACAAAGGAAUUUAAGACUGUUACAAAAAAGAUAUUGAGAAGUCAUUGUUGAUAGGAGACAUAGCUGACUUGAGUGUGAAAGAAGAGUUUUACAUUUUUAAAAAUGUCCUAACAGAGGAUGUUGUGAAUUUCCCUGGGAAGAGAGAAUUAUUUCCAACACCCUUAUGUGUAUGAAUGUUGCCAAAUCCUUUGGAGACAAAUAGGGUGUGCCAUGAUGGAAAGAGGAUGUCUUAGCUGGGCUAGGUGGUCUCAUAAUGCUAAGGGGGAUCCAGUUUUUAAAGGAAUAAAUGGUUCUUUUAGGGGACUUGCAGGAGUAGAAAUCAGAGGUUGGCAGUUCACAAUGAGUCUGUCCAGUGUGGAGAGUGGCGAUUGAAGGGAACUUGCCUUUGAUCUUAAAUCCAAGAGCACUUGGGAGGUAGAUGGCAAGGAUAGGAGAGGAGAACUGGGGGGAUGAAGUCAAGAAAUGUUGAUUGAGAUAACCACACAAAUGAGUACUAACAACCAGGAAAAAUAUUAGUCAAACUUGUUAGUUGGUCAGUUGCAAAGUCUCCAUCUUGAGGCCAAGGAAUGUGGCCUGGCAAGUCUGCUUCUGCACUUUUGGUCUCUUAGACCUUGCUUCUUGAGAAGGCACCUACUAAGAAUCAUAUUAACUCCAAGAGUCAAGAUCAACAGCUAGAAAGGGAGACUAUGGAAGGGACUGCUAAUGUUUUCAAUUUAUUUUCAGCUGAGUUACCUGAGAAUGUGCAUAUUUAUCAAGCUUUACCUCAGUUGUAUAUAGUUUGUACCUUAUACUUUUCAUACAGUCAUUUUAUUUAGCUGUAGACCUGAACUGGCACUGUGUAUUAGAUUGUGAAAAACUUGAAAAGACUAGACAUACUUACCUUUCAUCAUUUUACUUUUGAAUAGAGGCAGAUGACAUCUUUUUUUUUUUUUUUUCAUUAGCCACAUCCAUGGCCAGGGGUUGAAUCCAAGCCAUAGCUGUGACCUCUGCCACAGCUGUGGGCAAUGCUGGAUCCUUAACCCACUGUGCCUGGCCCAGGGAUCAAGCCCACGCCACCAUAGAGACAAUGCCAGAUACUUGACCUGCUGCACCACAGUGGGAACUCUGCAGGUGACAUCUUUUUUGUUUUCAUGGAAAUUUUGAAGGUUAUUUUUGCAGACAAUUUGAAUACUGUGUUUUUAGUUUGUACAAGUUUGACUAUGAUGUCUUAGUGUGCAUUACUUUGAGUUUAUCCUGUUUCCUGAGUUUCUUGAAUCUGUAGGUUUAUGUCUUUUGCCAAAUUGGGGUAGUUCUCAGCCAUCACUUCUUUGAAUAUAUUUUCAGCCCCUACUUCCUCACCCUUUUCCUCCUUCCAGGACACUGAUUUUACAAAGGUUAGAUCUUUAAUUAUAGUCUUGUAGGUUCCUGAGGCUCUGUUUAUUCAUUUUUCACUGUAUUUUUGUCUUAGUCUUCCUGGGCUGCAAUAACAAAAUACCAUAGACUAGGUGGCUCAAACAACAGAAAUUAAUUUCUCAUAGUUAUAGAGGCUGGAAGUCCAAGAUCAGGGUGUUUACUUUGGUCUCUGGUGGGGGCUCUCUUCCUGGCCUACAGAUGGCUGCCUUCUUGCUGUGUUCUCACAUUGCCUUUCCUUGGUGCAUGUGUGUGGAAAGAAUAAGGGAAAACUCUUUCUUUUCCUCUUAUAAAGCUACCAGUCCUAUUUGAUUAGGAAUCCAGUCUUUUGACCACAUUCAACCUUAAUUAACCCUGAAAAACUCUACCUCCAAAUACAGUCUCAUUGGAAGUUAGCACUUUAGCAUAUGAAUACAAUUCAGUCCAUAGCAUUCAAUGCCUGGCCUCCCAGAAUUCAUGUUCUCACAAGCAAAAUAAAUUGACUCCAUCCCAGCAACCCUCCAAAAUCUUAACUGAUUCCAGCAUCAACUCUAAAGUCAGGUUCAAAGUCCCACUGAAAGUAUCACAUAAAUCAGAUAUGGGUAAGACUCAAAGUAUCAUUCAUCCUGAGGCCAAGUUCUUGUCCUACUGUGAACCUGCAAAACCAGGUAAGUUAUGUGCUUCCAAAACAUGAUUGUGGGACAUCAUAAGAUAGACAUUCUUUUUCUCAAAGGGAAUUAAAAGGAGAGGGUGAUGGGUCCCCAGCAAUCCCCACACCCAGCAAGGCAAACUCCAUGAGACCUUAAGGCUGAAUAAGUUCUAUCAUCUGGUCCUGUAGCAUCUAAGUCCGACAGCCUUCCUUCAUUUGUCAGGUUUUUCUGUCCCUUUUAGACCCAGCUGGCAGUGUUUCUGCUGGUAUAACCCUGUUUCUAUUCCUGGCUUCUGCUGAUGGCUGAUGAAGUCUAGGGUCACACCCAUGAUCUCUUUAUCAAGUAGUUGCUCAGCCACACCCUUAGUGUUCUUUUUAGAUGACAUUUUCUGGGAGUUUCCCUGUGACUCACUUUCCUGUAUUUUGCAGCAUGGCUAGAAUUUCCCAAAUCUCUAAGUUCUAGCUCAUUUUUGCUUAACAAUUCCUUCUUCAGUUCAUCUCUCUCUUCUUGAAUUUUCCUCUCAGCAGAAAGGAGCGCCCAAGCUGUGCCUCCAGUACUUUGCUUGGAAAUCCCCACAAGUUCUACCUUCCACUAAACUCUAGAACACAGUGCAGCCAAAUUCUUGCAGUUUUAUAGAAUUAUCUUUCUUCCUGUUUCCAAUAAUGUGUCCCUCAUUUCCAUCUGAGACCUCACCAGAAUGGCCUUAAAUAUCCAUAUUUCUAGCAUGCAGCUCAAACCUCUUCCAGCCUGUGCCCAUUAAUGAGUUCCAAACUACAUUUUUAGGUAUUUGUUAGAACAGCAGCCCACUUCUAGCUACCAACAUCUGUCUUAAUCUGCCUGGGUUCCAAAACAAAAUGCCAGCAGAUCUCAUUUUAUUGCAUUUCAUUUUAUUGCACUCCAAAUGUAUUACAGUUUUUUGGCUUUUUUUGUUUUAACAAAUGUGGCAACCCUGUGUUGAGCAAUUCUGUUAGUGCUAACAGCAUUUGCUCACUUCAUGUCUCUGUGUCAUAUUUUAGCAUUUCAAUAUUUCAAACUUUAUUAUUAUAUAUGUUAGGGUGAUCUGUGAUCAGUGAUCUUUAGUAGUAUUAUUAUGAGUCACUGAAGGCUCAGAUGAUGGUUAGUGUUUUUUUAGCAAUAAAAUAUUUUAAAAUUAAGAUAAGUACGUUUUUUAGACAUAACCAUUACACAUUUAAGAGACUACAGUCUAAUGUAACGACAGCUUGAAUAUGCACGAGGAAACCUAAAAAUGUAUGUGACUCACUAUUGCAGUAUUCACUUUAUUGUGGUUUUUUUGGAACUGACCCUGCACCAUCUCUGAGGUGUGCCUGUGCUGUAGCCUAGGUGGCUCAAACAACAGAAAUUUAAUUCUCACAGUGCUGGAGGCGGAGAAAGCCAAGAUCAAGGUGGCAGUCAAUUUAGUUUCUGCUAAGAGCCCUCUUCCUGGCUUGCAGAUGGCCACUUUCUGACUGUGUCCUCAUCACCUUUGCUCGGUGCAUGGGUGGAGGGGGAGAGAAUUCUCUCUUCCUCUCUUUAGAAGUCAACCAGUCUUAUCAGAGUAAGAGCCCUCAUUUGACCUAAUUACCUUCUAAAAGCCUUACUUCUAAAUGCAGUCAUAUUGGGGGCUCCUAAGUCUUCCAUAUAUAAAUUUGGGGGACACAGUUCAAUUCAUAGCAAUUUACUCUUUGUUGUUCAGAUUGGGUAUUUUCUCUUGUUCCGUCUUCAAGUUCACUGAUGCCCAUUAAUGUAUUUGAGCCCAUUGAUGUAUUUUUCGCUUGCGUUUGACUCUCCAUUCUGUUUCUCUGCUCAGAAUUUAUUUUUAAAUUUGAAUCAAGCAUGUUUGUAAUUGCUCACCAAGUCAUUGUUUUAAUGACUGUUUUAAAAUCCUUCCCAGUUAAUCCUAACAUCUGUGCCAUGUCAAUUUUGGCAUCUGUGGAUCAUCUUCUCACUUAGGUUGAGUUUUUCCUGGUUCUUUGUGUGAUGAGUGAUUUUCAGUUGAAAUCUGAACAUUCUGUAUAUUAUAUUCUGGGGCUCUGAGUUCUGUUUGGAGCUCUGUUUGGGCCAGAUCCGAGGACUCUGCUCUGCUGGAGAAGGGGUUGGGGGGACACUGCCUUAUUCCUGUAAGUUGGUGUUGGAAAUCCAAACCCACCAUUGGUCUUUAUUGCUAUGCGGGACAGGGGUUCCUGUUACUGCUGGGCUGGGGUGGGAGUUGGAGCUCCUCACAUGGCCUCCACUGACACCACAUCACCAGUAAGGAUGGGGAGAGACGUCUGGUCCCUGGUUAGGGUUGGAAGCCUAGUCUCCCCACGUGGUCCCCAGUUGUGACACUGCCAAGGUGGGAUGGGGAGGGGUUAGAUUUUAAAGUCCUGUCCGGAGUUCCCGUCGUGGCGCAGUGGUUAACGAAUCCGACUAGGAACCAUGAGAUUGCGGGUUCGGUCCCUUCCCUUGCUCAGUGGGUUAACGAUCCGGCGUUGCCGUGAGCUGUGGUGUAGGUUGCAGACGCGGCUCGGAUCCCGAGUUGCUGUGGCUCUGGCGUAGGCUGGUGGCUACAGGUCCGAUUCGACCCCUAGCCUGGGAACCUCCAUAUGCCGCGGGAGCGGCCCAAGAAAUAGCAACAACAACAACAACAACAACAACAACAACAAAGACCAAAAAAUAAAUAAAUAAAGUCCUGUCCCCCACUUGACAUUCUGUGACACCACUCAAGGUGGAGGGGGGGCAUUGAGGACCCUCAUUACAGCCUGGGGAGAGUGGGCGUGUAGGCUCUCCACUCAGCCUUUGUUGGUGUGGAUAGGACCACAGUGUCUUUCCAUGACCUCUGGCUGGAGUAGGGUGGUUAUUGUCUAAAAGUGUUCUAUCUCCCUAGGCCACUCUUUUCCUAUUCCCUUGACUAGAAAGACCACCCUCUUCUUGGUUUUUGUUUGUGUGGGUGUUUCUGGAUUGCCCACUUUUUCAGAGCAGUGAGGCAGAAGGAAAACCCAAAGAGUGCUCUCUUCUUCCUCAGGCCCCAGGUCCCCAGCCAGUCUGUACUCUCUCCAGCUUUCAGAAUCUUCUUAUGUUGUUUUCUGUAGCAUGUCCAGGGUUUUUAGCUGUACUUGGAGAAACAAGGAAAGUCACAACUCCCUCUUUCUCCUGACAUUCUCCCAUCUGACACUGAAAUGGCAGGUCAAGUUGUGUCAGAGGUUUGUGGCAUGAACAGGGCAUUUGUACCCAAGUAAGGACCAAGAGGAAUGCUUACUUGUUCCCAAGUUGGAAGGUAGAAACUGCUAGGCCUCUAGCAUUAUCUGGCUUUGAAGGAGCUAUAGUUUUUAAGUUGAGAAAACACCAGUAUUAAAUUGUAGAUUACAGAUUUGAGAAGGAAGGCUAGAUAUGACUAAGAAAAUAAACGGGACUUUCCAUAGUGGCUCAGUGGAAACAAAUCUGACUAGUAUCCAUGACGAUUUGGGUUUGAUCCCUGGCUUCUCUCAGUGAGUUAAGGAUCCAGCGUUGCCAUGAGCUGUGGUAUAGGUUGCAGACAAGGCUUGGAUCCCGCAUUGCUGUGGCUGUGGCAUAGGCCAGUGGCUACAGCUCUGAUUUGACUCCUAGCUAGGGAACCUCCAUGUGCCACAGGUGCAGCCCUAAAAAAAAAAAAAAAAGAGAGAGAGAGAGAGAAAGAAAUAAACUAUGGAGUUAAACAUUUGUUCCAAGAGCAUGUGAUAACCACUGGAGAGUUAGGUUCAGAAUUUCGGGGUUUCUCCUCCUAGUUUGUAUUAUCUAUAUGUGGAUUGCAUAGGAUAUAACAGAAAAACAACAGAAGGACAAUACUUGGGACUUGGGACAAAUCACUUCAUCCAUUUAAAUCUCUUUUCUCAUUUAUGUAUUUUUUUCUUUUCUUCUUUUUUGGCCACACCCUUGGCAUAUGGAAGUUCCUGGGCUAGGGAUCAAAUCCGAGCCAGAGCUGUGACUUGCACCACAGCUGCAGCAAUGCCGGAUCUUUAGCCCACUGGGCCAUAAUAAGAACUCUCAUUUCUGUAUAUUUUAAAAGGUAGUACCUACUUGAGAGUGGCUAUUUUAGGUAGAGAAUGGAUGCAGAGUGAUUUGUAAGCUAUCAAAUGCUGUAUAACUAGGUAUUGAUAUAGCUAUUUACAUGACGUCUCUAUCAUAUAUGCCAUAUGAUGGUGUAGCCCAAUGAAAAUGAUAAUGAAUAUAAUGGAAUGUAUCUUUUAUCUCAUUUUAAAAAAUAAAGUCUUAAAAAAUGAAAA